AUGGGACAGGGUGUUCAACCGAGACGCGGAGUUUCGCAGCGCGGGGGGCCGCCGCCUGUCGAUUCAGCCACAUCAAUUCAAAAUGCACCACAUAUGCGUCUGUCGCCACAACAGGAAUUACCUCUUCGUAUAGUAAUCGACUCAAAACACGUUGGUGCGAUUAUUGGAACGGGCGGCAAUAAUGUUAGAGAAAUCACAAAAGAAUCGAAAGCCCGCGUUGUUGUUGACGUGCAACGCACAGUUAAAGAUCAACAGGGACACAGUGAGAAAAUAAUCUCAAUACUUGGCCACUUGGAGAAUUGCUCAAAAGCAUGUGUCAAAAUUCUAGAAGUUGUUCAGCGUGAAAAUGAAAAAGACGAAACUAGGGACAACAGUGAAGUUGAACUGAAAAUCAGAGCUCAUAAUCAGCUUGUGGGACGUCUGAUUGGAAAGCAAGGCGCAACUAUCAAGAGAAUUAUGCAGGACACUGGGACAACGAUCUUCGUUUCAAACGAACAAGCGUCACGAGCCGCUGAACUCUCUUCCAUGGGUGGUUUGAUGCCGCCCUUUCCCGAUGCAGUUCUUACGAUGGAGCGUACGAUUACUGUGAAAGGGCCAAGUAUAGAAGUGGUGUCUGCCGCUGAACAAAAGAUCUCUGCUAGGUUACGACAAAGUUACGAGACAGAUCUCCAGCACAGAAUGUCCUUUACCGGUAUUCCCGCAAUGCCUGGCAUGAUUCACCCGAUUGGUGAUGCUUACGCGGCAUUGGCGGCUUCUACAAUGCGUCCUAUUGGUGGACCAAUGUGUGGCGUUGGUGGACGCGUAGAUGUUUCUAAAACCACUCGGAUGUGGGUUCCUAAUUCCAUGGUUGGAGCUAUUAUCGGCAGUAAGGGUGGUAACAUACGCAAUAUUAUUCGAAAUUCGGGUGCAAAUGUGCGAAUAGAAGGAGGCGGAGAGCGCAAAGAUGCUGAACGGAAAGAAGAACCAGAAAAGAAGGAAGAAGGUGCCGGUGACGCUCAAUCGCAUGGCGAAGGAGAAGAAAAAGCGCACACAGAAGCACCGCCAGCGGAAGAGAGGCGGAAUGAUGAUGGCGAACGCCUCGUUACGAUUACCGGCAAUGACGCACAGCAAUAUCGAGCCCAAUUCUUGAUAUUCAAUCGUGUUGCUGAACAGUCACAACAUUUGAUCGAUGAGGUUAAACUACGGACGGAAUUGACGGUUCCUUCUCGUUUAGUAGGCAGAAUAAUUGGUAAAGGUGGUCAAAACGUGCGAGAGUUGCAACGUAUCACAGGAGCCUCGGUAUACAAAUUUUUGAUGUAUUUAUACGUCAAAAUUCCUGAGGAUGAACCCAAAGUAGCUGAUCCUACCGCUCAAGAAGAAGCCAAAGAAGGUUCAUCAUCCCCCUCGCCAAAUGACAGUGGUACGGUAGUACGAAUCGUAGGAAAUUUCCUGGCCACUCAAAGCGUACAGGUCCGCAUAGGACAACUGAUAGCCGACUUCCAACGUGCGACCAACCUACAUGGUGAUAGGCGCAAGGAAGAGCCCCAAGGUUAG